AUGUUAGAGUAUCGUUAAAAUAACAUUUAAGUGGUAGUAAGAGUAAAGCCGGAAUAGGGUUGUAUUAAGGUUGACGAGUGCGAUUCGACCGUUUUAUUGAUAUCGAACAAGCAAUAUCACUACGAUCAUGUGAUUCCUCCAAGUGCUUCAUAAUAGGAUGUCUUCACCUUGAUAGGAUAACCACUGAUAAACAAUGCUUUACAAGGUUACAAUGGGUGUGUCUUUGCUUAUGGCCAAACUGGCAGUGGCAAAACUCAUACAUUGAUAGGAAAUAAUGAUGGGUUACUUCCUUAAUGUUUGCAGUACAUAUUUGCUUGUUCUAUUGAGGAUCCCAAUGUUAUCAUCAAGGGUUCAUAUUUAGAAAUCUACAAUGAGUAAAUAUUUGAUUUGCUCUCUUCCUCUUCCAAUUCUUUACAAAUACGAGAAGAUCCUAAGAAAGGCAUCUAUGUUGAAAAUUUGAAUGCCGUUGUGGUCUCAAAUUAUGAUGAAGCGAUUGCCUUAUUGAAAAAGGGCAAUUCAACAAGACACAUUGCAGCUACUAAAAUGAAUAGUGAAAGCUCAAGAAGUCACGCAGUAUUUUUAAUUCAAUAUUCUACUUCAAUUUAAUAAGAAAAAUGCGAAGUUCAUUUAUAUUCAAAAAUGUACUUUGUUGAUUUAGCUGGCUCAGAGCGUUAGAAGACUGCAUAAACUGAAGGGUAAAGACUAAAGGAAACUCAAGCCAUCAAUAAAAGCUUGACUCAGCUUGGAUUGGUCAUUUAUGCAAUUGUAGAGAGAGAAAAAGGAAAUAAUAAAAUUCAUAUACCCUUCAGAGAUUCCAAACUUACUACUCUAUUGAAGGAUUCUCUUGGAGGCAAUUCAAAGACAUUCAUGGUGGCUGCUGUUAACCCAUUGCAUGAGGAGGAAAGCAUUUCCACUUUGAAAUUUGCAGAGAGGGUUAAACAAAUAAAAGUUAAAGCUCAUGUCAAUAAGGAGUAUUCAGGAGAAGAGAUUACUAAGCUGAAUCUCCAGAUCUCAUAACUUAAGGAAGAAUUAGCCAAGAAAUCAAGGGAACUAGAAAAUGUAUAGCCGAGUGAUGCCUUGUAAUCUUAAUUGCAUAUGUAAUUUGAUGAGAUACAGAAAUUACUUCAAUAGAUCCAUUAAAGUGCUAUGCAAAUGGAACUGGAAACUGUGGAGGGACAAUUGCAGGAGUAUGCUGAAAAGAAGAGUUAUAUUGUUUAGAUUUUGAAGUCUCUGAAUUUAUCAUUUAAAGAGGAGGAUACUACGAAUUACUAAACGUUGAAUGAGAAUAUUGAGUAUUAGAAUAAGUUGAAAAUACAGUUAUUACAAUAGGAAGACGUUAUUUAUAAGUUGUAAAAAAAGAAAAAGGAGUUGGAAUAAAACAUUAGUGAUCAACAACAGGCUCACAAGACUAUACUAGCUUCUACUUUAAGAGGAUUUGAAGAUCAAAUGAAGAUGAAAGAUUAUCUCUAUGAUUAGAUCAAAGAGGAUUUCGACUAGAUGGAGGUUUCUAAACUAUCAUUAUAACAUUAAUAUGAUGGAUUGAAAGAAGAAGUUCAACAAUAUAUCGAGAAAAUUGAAUAAAUGUAGAUUCAAUUAUUUCAAAAUUAAUAGAAUCAAUCCAGCAUAUAUGAGGAGAAGGAUUAGAAUAUCUAAAAACUAGAUUCAGAUUUGUAGAAAUAAAUUGAGUAUAAUUCUUAAUUAAGAUUGCAACUAGAAUAAAUUCAUGUGGAAAUCUAUCAAAAUAAUUAGUCAUUCUAGGCAGAAACUAAUCAAUUGAAUGCUUAAAUUGAAUAGUAGCAAUUGGAAAUUAAUAGAUUGUCUGAAUAUGUCUAAAAAAUAGAAGAUGAAAAUAUCAACAUCAAAUAAAAUAAUGAUUUCAAAAGAGAAUAUGAUCAGUUGACAUAACAAUAUACUAAUCUCAAAAGUUAAUAUCAGCAUUUAGAAUAAGAAUUGAAAUCCCUGCAAACUGAGAAUUAAUAUAAUUUGAGUGUGAUAGAAAAUCUGGAAAUGUCAAUUAAAUCCUUUGAAUUAUUUGAAGAUAAUUGGAAAUAAGAAAAUCAAUUAUAUAGAAAUACCAUUUUAGAAUUGCAAGAGUAAUUAAAUUAAAAAUAAGAAAUAUUCUUACACAUUCAAAAAUCAUUCAAAUUAGACAACUGUGAAAACAUUAUAAAUGAAUUGAACAACAAAACCAACCAACUUCAUAGAAAUGAAUAGAAAUUAAGAUAAGAGAUCUCAUAACUGAAGUCAGAAUAAUAAUUGUACAUCCAAAAAUUACAAAUAAGAGAUUAAACUAUAUCCGAUUUGUAAAAUGAACUACAAGAUUUACAAAAGACUCAUAGAUCAAGUGAAGUGCAAAAGUAAAUUGAAUAAAAUGAAAAAACAUAAAGUCAAAGGUAAUUGGAAUAGAAGAUUGCAACCUUGAAAUUAGAAUAUGAAAAAAUUAACAAAUCUAAAAAUGCCUUAUUAGUGGAGUAUACUAAAUUAGAGAACAACCAAAAGGAAUAUGAAUCAUUUUUAUUGAUUCUCGAGAAGAAACUCUAAGAUUAUGUGUCCAAUACAUUCAGAAAAAAUAGAGUCAUGAGUUAAGAAUAGUAGAUAUUAUAUUUGAAAACAACUCAAAUCAAGUAAUCCAAAUUUGUAAUCAUUGAGGCUCUAGUUGACAUAGUCAUUCUAGAUACAAUUGAUAGGUAAAUAAGAACCUUUUCCUAAAUUAGAAUAAAUUGA